AUGGUUAUCCUCAUUACUGGCAGCACCGGCUAUCUUGGUGGUCAACUGGCAUCUUUCAAGAAGCUCGCCGAAGAAUAUCUCGAAUUCGCGCCGAAACUUUCUUAUGUAAUUGCCGCCGAUAUUACGAAGCCUGAAUCAUACAAAGAGGCAUUUGAGGGUGUGGUCGGUGUAAUUCAUGCCGCGUCUCCCUUCAACCUUCAGCCAAAAGACAAUGAAGAAGACCUCCUUAAACCUGCGAUUAGAGGCUCCAUAGCUAUACUGGAUGCUGCCCAGCGUCAUGGGAAAGACGUUAAAAGAGUGGUAGUGACAUCAUCCCACGCUUCUGUCGCAGAUGUCGCCAAAGGAAAGAGAGCAGGCUACGUAUAUAAUGAGAAGGAUUGGAACCCUAUUACGUAUGAGCAAGCGGCCGACCCUGCUACCGAUGGCAUUACGGUCUACUGUGCUUCAAAGGCUUUAGCCGAACGAGCAGUGUGGGAGUGGGCUGAUAAGCACAAAGGCGCACACUUCGAUGCUGUUACAAUUACUCCGCCGUGGAUAUUUGGUCCUUACGCUACCAAGCUGACGUCCGCAGCGCAUCUGAUCGAGAGCGUUCGGCUGAUUUAUAAUCUGUUAGGCGCCAAGGAGAUACCCGAAUUUGACUUUGGUGGAUAUGCCGAUGUGCGUGAGGUCAGUGCGGCUCAUCUCCUUGCUCUCGAAGUGCCUUCUGCAGGUGGACAACGUUUUUGGGUUGGGCAAUCUCUUCGAUGGCAAACCGUAGUAGAUAUUGCGCGCGAAGAGUUUCCUGAAUUAGUAACAAGACUACCUGAAGGGAGGCCUGGGUGGAUAGAGGAUGCAUAUGGUGUAGAUGGUAGCAAAGCAGAGAAUGACCCCCUUUUUUCCGAGAGCUGUGGUACCCUAUAA